UGGUCAUUCUUUCGUUUGUUGUUUUCUUUUCUUUACGUGUGUGGUAUGGCUUAAUUUCAUGCACAUGACACGUGGGUUGUGAAGCUGUUGGUGGUUUGGUGUGCCAUGUCAAGUGGCAUGCAAUACAGAAACUGAAACCAUGGAUGUUUUUCCAUGUAUCACCUUGACCAAGGUUUUGUUUUCCACCAUGUUGCAGAGAUUGAUACAAGAGAAGAAUCUAAGGCAGCUAUGGAGAACAAUGAGCCUCCAAGGCGUCUUGAGGGAAAACAUGCUGCAAUGGCAGUUUGCUGGCUUCUUGGCACUGGGUGCCUUUUCGCGUGGAACAGUAUGCUGACUAUAGAAGAUUACUAUGUUUACUUGUUUCCGAAAUACCACCCGUCUAGGGUGCUUACUCUUGUAUAUCAGCCAUUUGCAGUUGGAACACUAGCAAUACUGGCUUACAAAGAGGACAGAAUCAAUACAAGGAUAAGAAACUUAUUUGGAUAUACUCUUUUCUUCAUAAGCACUUUGUCGAUCUUAAUUUUGGAUUUAGCAACAUCUGGUAAAGGAGGCCUUGGAACUUUUAUUGGUAUAUGCGUAAUUAGUGGUGCAUUUGGAAUAGCAGAUGCUCAUACGCAAGGUGGAAUGGUGGGAGACCUGUCCUACAUGCUUCCAGAAUUCAUUCAGUCUUUCCUUGCUGGCUUGGCAGCAUCAGGUGCACUAACAUCUGCUUUGAGGUUGAUUACAAAAGCAGCCUUUGAAAAUUCUAAGAAUGGUCUUCGCAAAGGAGCCAUUAUGUUCUUUGCCAUAUCAACAUUCUUUGAGCUUCUUUGUGUUCUUCUCUAUGCGUUUGUAUUCCCUAAAUUACCAAUUGUGAAGUACUACCGUUCAAAAGCAGCAUCUGAAGGAUCCAAAACAGUAUCAGCUGACCUUGCUGCAGGUGGCAUCCAGAUCCCAUCUGGAAGAGCCAAUCAAUAUGAAAAAGAAAUAGAUCGCAAAGGAAAUAAGAAACUGUUAUUGGAAAACAUUGAUUAUGCACUUGAUUUGUUCCUAAUAUAUGCGCUUACACUUUCAAUUUUCCCUGGAUUCUUAUCAGAAGAUACUGGAUCACACAGUUUAGGCACCUGGUAUGCACUUGUUUUAAUAGCUAUGUACAAUGUGUGUGAUCUGAUUGGAAGAUACAUUCCACUCUUGAAAUUUCUAAAGUUGGAAUCUCGAAAAAAGCUGACCACAGCAAUUGUUAGUCGCUUGUUAUUUGUGCCGGCGUUUUAUUUUACUGCGAAGUAUGGCACACAGGGCUGGAUGAUAAUGUUGACAUCUUUUUUGGGGUUAUCCAAUGGCUACUUCACUGUUUGUGUUCUCACUUCAGCACCCAAAGGUUACAAGGGACCGGAACAAAAUGCCUUGGGAAAUUUGUUGGUGUUGUUUCUUCUUGGAGGUAUCUUUGCAGGGGUAACACUUGAUUGGUUUUGGUUAAUAGGUAAAGGGUGGUGAGAUCUUAACUAUGCCAAACUAGAGAAACGGCUGAGGCAUUAUUCAAAAUCAGAUAGGUGUUUCUUUACAUGCUUUUAGCAUAUGUUUAGAGUACUUCUGUUGUGUAUAACCUCAUUUGAAAGAGAAAAGAGACCGUUGAACUUGAGACUUCUGAAAUGCAUGAAGAUUGAUUCUAAACA